GCCGGACUGGGCCGGCGCUUGGUAUGACUCCGGCUCCGGGUGGCAGCAUUGGCAGUGCAGUGGCAGGCGGAGCAGAACGUCGUGACACAUCCUACUGUCAUGAGUCGCUGCCUUUGAUACUUGAUCGGCAAACCUGAGUGAAUCGCAGCAUCUCAAGCUUCUGCUAUCUCCAAUUGGUCGCUGCUGUCUUGAUGCCUAAGAUGAGCUAGGCACCUGCUUGGGAUGUCCUUGUGCAAUGGCCUCAAGCCAUAGUUCUCCACCAGUGCCUCAUCCAAGCAACAGUGAUGGGAAGUUCAAAAAAGAAAUGGAACUUUCUUUGAAACCCUUUAAAGCUGUUAGGUCUUUGCCAGAUGUCUGUCCAAAGGAACCAACAGGAGAUUCAAGCAGUUUUUGUGAUAGCCCAUCAGUAGUGGCUGAUCAGCAUAGGUGGACGAUAUAUCAUUCCAAAGUGAACCUUCCAGCAGCAUUAAAUGACCCCAGACUAUCCAAAAGGGAAUCUGAUUUCUUUACAAAAACAUGGGGGCUGGAUUUUAUGGAGACCGAAGUUAUGCCUUCCUUCUACCUCCCACUAAUCACCAAGGAACACUUUGCAUCCUACCUUCAAGCCACAACUUCUCGACAGAAGAUUCAUGAGAAGUGUAAGGAAAUUUGUCCGCUUAAGGAUGGACCUGAUCGAACACUUGCACCUGUUAUACGUAGUCAUGACAAAUCAAGAAUGGACUUGGAUCAAGUACCCAAGAUAUUUCUGAAGUCAGACUUUGCUCUGGAAGAUCCUCUAACAUUCUCAUCUGUCUUACCCUGGUCACAUUUUGGUGGUCAACAUGAAGCUGGUGUGAAAGGAGCUCGUGAUGGUGCAUCUUCCAGGUUAUUACAGGAAAAGUUAAGCCAUUAUUUGGAUGUUGUGGAAGUGAACAUAGCUCAUCAGAUUUCUCUCCGUUCUGAUGCCUUUUUCCAUGCUAUGACCUCUCAACAUGAAUUGCAGGACUACCUCACCAAAACCUCUCAAGCUGUAAAAAUGCUUCGUGACAAAAUUGCCCAGAUUGACAAAGUGACAUGUGAAGGAUCGUUGCAAAUAUUGAGACUUGCUGUGACUAGAAAUAACUGUGUAAAAUUAUAUAAUAAACUAAAAUUAAUGGCUACAGUGCAUCAAACACAGCCUACAGUACAGUUGUUACUGUCCACUUCUGAAUUUGUUGGGGCACUGGAUCUAAUUGCAACAACGCAGGAGGUGCUGCAACAGGAGCUUCAAGGAAUUCAUAGUUUCAGACACCUUGGUUCUCAGCUGUGUGAACUGGAAAGACUUAUAGAUAAAAUGAUGGUAGCAGAUUUUUCUACAUAUGCUCAUAGUGAUUUAAAUAGACCAUUGGAAGAUGAUCAGAUGUUAGAAGAGGAGCGCUUAAUAUCUUUGGUUUUUGGGCUGCUAAGACAAAGAAAACUAGAUUUUUUGGAUAUUUAUCAUGACAAGAUGCUCAUUGCUGCAAGAAACAUCAUUAAACAGAUUGUGAUUGAAACUAUUGCACAAAUGGAUGAAAUAGACACUGAAGUUGUUUUGAAGCUCGCAGAUCAGAUGCGAAUGCUGAAUUUUCCUCAGUGGUUGGAUCUUCUGAAAAAUAUCUUUUCAAGCUUUAUUAAUUUUCUGAAGCGAGUUAAGGCAACCCUGGUUACCAUCCGUCGAGUUGUUUUCCUGGUAUUGGACAAAAAUCAGGAAAAGACCAGGGAAAUGGAAGCUGUUUCUUGUAAGAAAACUACUGGUUUGGGUCAUAGUCUGGAUACAGAAGUAGCUUAUUUGACUCAUGAAGGCAUGUUUAUUAGUGAUGCAUAUGAUGAGAAAGAACUAACUUCAUCAGAAGUAGAAACUGAACCACAGAGGACAGCCUUUCAAAACAAUGAUGCGUAUGGCAGUGAUUCAGCUUCUGAAGUGGAAUGUACCACUGAUUCAUCAUCCAGUAAGGAACACACAUCUUCAGAAACGCCAGGGGGAUUACAGCUCAUGGUCAGUGACGACUCACGACUUACAGAAUUAGAACUUGGCAGAGUUGCCAACAAUAUUCAAGAACUUCUGUGCAGUGCUUCCGACAUCUGCCAUGAUCGGUGUGUUAAGUUCCUUAUGGCUAGAGCUAAGGAUGGUUUCCUUGAAAAGUUGAACUCCUCAGAGUUUGUGGCCCUAUCACGAACAGUAGAAAUGUUUGUACAGGAAACGGAGAAGAUUUGCAACAGGCGAAGUAUGUCCCUUCGAGGUGCUCUUCAAAGUCAGGCCAAUAAGUUUGUCAAUCGAUUUCAUGAAGAAAGGAAAACAAAACUCAGUCUUCUAUUGGAUAAUGAACGUUGGAAGCAAGCUGAGGUUCCAGCUGAGUUCCAGGACUUAGUCAAUUCCACUGAAGAUGGAGUGAUUGCUUUACCUGAGAAGAAAGUCACAGAACAACAAAAACGAAAGCCAGCAGAUUUCCUGGCUGUAGAUGGAGAGAAGUAUGCUGUAGUUGGGACUGUUUUACUGUUAAUAAGAAUAAUAUUUGAAUAUUGUCAAUGUGUAGAUGACAUCCCUUCUAUUACUACUGACAUGCUCACUCGUCUUGCAGACUUAUUGAAGCAUUUUAAUUCACGAAGCUGCCAGCUGGUACUUGGAGCAGGUGCAUUACAGGUUGUUGGACUGAAAACAAUAACUACCAAAAAUUUAGCGCUUGCCUCUCGUUGUUUACAGCUAAUUGUGCACUACAUUCCCAUAAUCAGAGUGCACUUUGAAGCUCGGCUACAGCCCAAGCAAUACAAUAUGCUGCGGCACUUUGACCAUAUCACUAAGGAUUAUAAUGACCAUAUUGCUGAGAUUUUGGCAAAACUUGUUGCAAUCAUGGAUGGACUCUGUGAUAAAACAUUGUCUAAGUAUGAAGUGAAAGCACCAGUACCUUCUACUUGUUUCCGAAACAUCUGUAAGCAAACAUCUAAAAUGCAUGAAGCUAUAUAUGACCUCCUACCUCCAGAACAAACACAGAUGUUGUUCUUGAGAAUCAAUUCAAGUUUUAAAGUUCAUUUGAAGAGGCAACUUACCCGCUUAAACGUGGUGAAUGAUGGUGGACCUUUACAUGGGCUUGUUACAUCAGAUCUAGCUUUCUACACUGGAAACAUUCAAGCACUAAAAGGCCUUGAGAGUUUGGACAUUAACGUGACAGAAAUAUGGGAGCAGAAAAGGUGACAUUCUGAAGAACACCUCUUUGCAUGCUGCGAUUUAAUUUCGAUGAUCCUCAACCUUCACUGUCCCAAAAAUCAAAUGACUGUGCUCCACUGGAGAAGCACCUCUUAGACCAAAUUGGGGCGUGAUUUGCAGAAAAUGUUCUUCUGUGGGCAGCUGCUCAGCUGAGUGUUCUUCAUUUUUUUAAAGUAGGUUCUUCAUUUUCAAAGUAGGUUCUAAUGUCUGUGGACCAAAAGCAGUACUGUAUGUGAGCUCUGGCUUUCCUGGAAGACUGUAUGUAGCACUAAAUGAUGCUUUGCAUCUGAUUAUUUGUAUGUUAAAACUUGUGCAAUCAUAACACUAUUUUAAAAAAAAGUUAAUGACAAUACAGUUUAUAAAUAGCUUUUAAAAGGUUGUAAAUUCAUGUUACAUUAAUAAUUCAAAAAUGGUUUUGUUUAUCCAUGGUGUGGGAGACUAUUAAUAAUCUAGGAACUUUAUUUUUUUACAGACCUUUCUAUGAUGAAUUUUAAAUAAUCUUUUGGAGUGGUGGUUGCAUAUAAGAUGUACAAUUUUCUCAUAGCCCAGGUGUUGUUUAAGCAAAGCUUUAAAAGUUUCAAGUGUUUUGGGGUUAUUUUCAGUUGUAUAUCCUCAGUGCAUCUUUGGUAAACAAUAGAAGACAGCAACAAUAUAUUUGUAAAAGAGCUUUUUUUUAGAUGCAGCAGCUUAACAACUUUGUUUUGCAUUUGGCAGAUUCCAGUUUCAUUCCUGAAAUAAAUGUUUAGGAAAGUUCUUUGGUGCUUAAAAUGCCUCACUGGGUUUCAAGGAAAACAUUAGCUGGUUAGUUUAUUUUCAAUCUGUUCUUGUAAAUGAAGUGGUUAUUUUUCAUCAUCUUGUGGAACUUUGUGCCAUCCAUAAACAGAGUUAAUGGUGGCUGUCCACAAUCCAGUCAAGUGCCUAAGUUUAUUUCUCAUGCAGUGCAAAAAAAUUAGUUUGUGCUGCCAGGAGUGAAGUCCGUAUUUAUUGUGCCUAAUUCCACACUGGUGGCACUGAACACCAACUUGUCUCCCUUCUGUGCUGCUAUUAUAAUUAAUUUAAAACUGAGCUUGCUGAGGAUUGAUAAUAUCUAAUAGUAAUCUCUCUCCAAUCCUUGUGUUUUUAAUUGAAAUAUUAAAAUAAAAUUUAAAAAUAAAAGUAAGAUUGUUUAUUAUUUACAGUUUAUACUUCUGGUGAUCCAAUUGGAGAUUGUUUGAACAGCACUUAAUUUGCUAGAGCUGAAGGUUGCUUGCCACCCAAAUAUUAACAGUUCUUUGCAAUCCACCCCAAGAGCCAGUAAAAUAAUUCCAAGUCCGCUUAAACAUCUGGUGUAAUCUCUUUGCAUUUACCUUUACAGGUGGACUUCCUUCUGUUCAAUUAAGCAACUUGGCUCAUUUUUCAGCUAUGGAUAAGUUUUUUUUGAAAACCUUUAAUUAUCUUGUUUAUAAAC